AUGGAUGAGCAGGUUGACCGUCUGGUCAAGAAGACCUGGGCCAAAUUCACCGCCACUCCCUCCAACGCCCGCCUAAUGAUAGCAGUCAGCGGCAUCCCAGGCUCGGGCAAAACCGAGUUAGCGAGCCUAAUGUCCCAGCGCAUAAACCAGCUCUAUGCCCACGAGAACCCAUCUGCCACAACCCCAAUCGCCACCGCGCUCCCAAUGGACGGGUACCAUCUCACCCGCGCCCAGCUAGCCGCAAUGCCAGAUCCAGUGUACGCAGCCGCCCGGCGCGGAGCGGCAUUUACCUUCGACGGAACCAAAUUCCUGGAUCUUGUGCAGAAACUGCGGGAGCCGUUGACGGCUUCUUCCACGACGCAGUACGCGCCGAGUUUCGAUCAUGCGACUAAGGACCCUGUUGAUGAUGAUAUUCCGAUUCCUGUCAGCUGUCGGGUUGUUUUCUUUGAAGGGAAUUAUCUCAGUUUGGAUAAGGAGCCAUGGAACCGGGCUGCGGGGCUUAUGGAUGAGUUGUGGUUUGUGAACGUGGAUUUUGAGGUUGCGAGGCUGAGGCUGAUUAGGAGGCAUGUUAAAGCGGGGAUUGCGAGGGAUGAGGAUGAGGCGGACAAACGGGCCAGAGAGAAUGAUCUUGUUAAUGGGAGGGAGAUAGUUGAUUGUCGGAUGCAAGUGCAGGAGGUUGUUGAUAGUCGGUAUGAUCCUGCGUGGGAGAGGUUGUAG